AUGGAUUACAGAGAAGGCUCUCCUAAACCUAAAAGGCAGCGAAAACAAUUGUUUUCUGUUUUGAAUGACAGUGAAAUAGAAGAGGCACUGUAUUCUGAUAAUUCUGAAGAUGACUACCAGCCUGAUGACGAGGAGUCAGCAUCAGAGAGUGAAAGUGAGGAACACCUCUGGAAUAUUGAAUGCCGUCCUCCGACACGUCCAUCAGUGUUACCUACAGUUCAGGAGCAAGACCUGCAGCCGUUCACUCUAACUGUAUCAGACAGUCAAGGUCAAGGUCAAGCCCAGAUAAACCAACCCUCUGCAUCAGGUUCAACCUCUGAAUGGACUACAACUGGUGAGAUGAAGGAAAUUCGUUUUACGAAAUCAAACGAAUUUUAUGGUGAAGUUGAAGGAGCAAAUCCUAUUGACUAUUUUAAUUUUUUUUUUACUGAAGAUUUUUUGACGAUGAUUUGUACUGAGACCAAUGCACAGGCACAGAGGUUGAUAGCUAAACAUAAUCAGGAAGUUCCAGGCAGAAGAAGUAAAGAUUUUGCCAGGAUUACUGGAUGGAAACCGGUCACUGUCUGCGAGCUGAGAAUUUUUCUUGGUUUGUUAUUCCACAUGGGAACUAUCCCCCUCAGUCGUCUACAAGAUUAUUGGAAAACUGAUAGGCUGUUUUCCAUUCCAAUUUUUGGGCAACAAAUGAGCAGGAACAGAUUUCUCCUCAUAAUGAGAUGUUUGCAUUUUACCUCAGAGGAAGAAAGUGAGGACCCAAUUUUCAAGGUUAGAAGUGUUAUUGAUUACUUCAACAACAAGAUGAUUGAAUGUUAUUAUCCUACAGCACAAUUAUCUCUGGAUGAAAGUAUGGUGCUAUGGAGAGGGCGAUUGAGUUUUCGGCAGUUCAUCAAAAAUAAGCGCCACAAAUACGGCAUCAAGUUGUACAUGCUCACUGAACCAGAUGGGUUGAUAUUGAAGUUUCGAGUGUAUGCAGGUGCAAAAGAUACAGACGUGACUGGAAAGGGACACGCUGAGAAAGUUGUCAUGGAGCUGCUUCGGGAAAAACUAAAUAGUGGUCACGAAUUAUAUAUGGACAACUAUUAUAAUAGUUUUGGUUUGGCAAAGAAGCUGCUUGAUCACAACACCUAUUGCACAGGCACUCUCCGUAAAGAUUUGAAAGACAAUCCUCACGAACUCAUGAAAAAAAAAAUUAAAAAAAGGAGAAAAUUGCUCAAUGUUUCGUGA